GAUUUAUUAAAAAAAUAUUUUUUACAACUAUGAUAUGAAUGAUAACAAGAAAUCAAGAAUGAAAUGGGUUAAUGGAGUCCUAAAUGGUAAAUAAAAGUAUGCAACAUUUGUUUCAUUAAGGAGAAGUGUUUGGCAAUCUUCAGAUAUGGUUAUUCCACCUCCAGUCAGGCCUCCCAUGAUUACAAAGUUUCUCAAACCUUAUGUUCUGAGGAUGCAUUUCACAAAUAAGAAUGUGAGUGCCCAGGUGAUCCAUACUCCAACUGCAACUGUAGCCUCUUCUGCAAGCUCACAGGAAAAAGCCUUGAGAUCAAGCUUAGAAACUAGUCGUGAUGUCGCUGCUGCUGCAAAGAUUGGGAAGGUGCUAGCGGAACGCCUUUUGUUCAAGGACAUUCCUGCUGUUUCUGUUCACUUGAAGAGGGAGCAGAAGUAUCAUGGUAAGGUCAAAGCUGUUAUUGAUUCUCUCAGGGAAGCUGGUGUCAAGCUGCUUUGAAUUGUGGUUGUGUGUGUUUACAUGAGAGAGAUCAUCCUUGUUGAACCUUGUCCUCUUGGAAGGAAAGAAGAUUCAUGUUUUUUUGUAUUAUUUUCAGUAGAAAAUAAGCAUACUAAUUAAAACGAGGUGCUCAUUUUUAUUUUUAUGUUACCAUCAUUGCACUUGAACAUACUUCACUCAAGAUCCAACAACUUACUUUUAAA